UUGCUUAGUCAAAAGACUCGGGAGGAAACAAAACCUAAACGGCACAUCCAAAUUAAACGGCGCCGCGGCGUAGCUGUUCAUUUUGAGUUUCAUUUCUCGACAUCCUGGGGCACAGAACUGGACAGAGUACGGGGCCUUGAUUUGUGUCGCGCGGUUUCUUCCAAUCGGAGCUCCAUUUGAGUUCUACGACUUCGCUUCACUCGCGAGCGAGCAGGUUAUUCAGUCAGUCACGGGGCUACUUGUUCAACGCUAGCAAGGCAGUUUUGUUAAACCAUCUACAGACAUGUCUCAUUCGUUGACGCCUUCCAAAAGACCGAAUGAUUGGAAGCAUUCUGAGCCAAAUGCUAAAAGGAAAUGGCAAAGAUCACCAGGCUUGCAUCCUCAAAACCUACGCGCAAAGUCUUCUCCUGGUAGUGCAUCUUUUCGCUUACUGUGGCCUGCUUCCAGGAUUGAUGCUGUUAUUGGUGAAGGAGGCAUCAUAGCACAAAUCUGUCGAGAAACUGGUGCAAGUGUCACAGUUGAGGAAGCUAUCCCUGGAUGUGAUGAGAGAGUAGUUGUUAUUACAGGAUCAGAUAAAGAAACUGAAGUCAAUCAAAAGGCUGAAGUCAACGAAGAGACUGAAAUCAAUCAAAAGGCUGAAGUCAAUGAAGAGAUUGAAAUCAAUCAAAAGGCUGAAGUCAAUGAAGAGACUGAAAUAAGUACUUUGAAGAGAAAGGAUGAUGGGGAUGAAGAGGCUAAUGCAGGCAAAGAUGUGGUUGAUAAAAAGAAUCACUAUGAGGAUGAUGAAGAUAAGAAAUCUUUUCCUGUUGAGGACUCGAAAUCUGAAAUAGAAUCUUCAUCGGCGCAGAAGGCUUUGUUACUUGUUUUCGAGAAAAUGGUCGAAGCAGUACCAGUGACUGAUGGAGGAGAUGACGAAAGUAAUAAGUCCUUCACUCAUGUUCUAAGGUUGCUUGUGCUUUCCAGUCGAGUUGGCUGCCUGUUGGGAAAGGGUGGCAGUGUGAUUAAGCAAAUGUCCACCGACAGUGGGGCACAGAUACGGAUUCUCCCUAGGGACAAACUUCCCUUGUGUGUAUCAGGUUCUGAUGAACUUGUUCAGAUCACGGGGGAGGUUUCUCCAGUCAGAAAAGCUCUUCAAAUUGUUUCUCAGCAGUUGUUGGAAUAUGCAUCAGGGGAGCAUGAUUCUUUCCCUUCCAAUUCAAAAGGAACAUCAUAUCAUUCAGUUAGCCAUCCUCAUAAAAGAUCGGACUCAUACCCACCACCUCAUGUUUCUGGACUUCGUGAUUUUCGUGAAAGUCGUAUACCUGGUCGAAUGAAGCCUUCUCAGGAGAUCCUGACUUUCCGCUUGCUUUGCCAUGAUGAGAGCAUUGGAGGUGUCAUUGGAAAGGGAGGAGCAAUUGUAAAGACACUUCAGCAAGAGACAGGUUGUGAGAUCACAGUUGUGGAGGCUUUUUCUGAUUCAGAGGACCGAAUUAUUCUUAUAUCUGGUCCAGCGCACCCAGAUGAUAAUAUAUCACCUCCGCAAGAUGCACUUCUUCGUGUGCAGACCAGGGUACUAAGAGCUAUACCUGAUAGUAUGGACAAGAAUGUGCUGGCAAGGCUUCUUGUUUCUUCUAACCAAGUUGGUUGCCUCCUUGGCAAGAGUGGUUCCAUCAUGGCUGAAAUGAGGAUGUUAUCUAGGGCACACAUACGUAUAUUGGGGAAAGAUCAGAUUCCGAAAUGUGCUUCAGAAGAUGACGAAGUUGUUCAGAUAAACGGGGACUUUGAUGCAGUUCAAGAGGCCCUUUUGCUGAUAACUACUAAGUUGCGCCAUCAUUUCUUCCGGGAUUUAUUUCCUUCUAUCAAUUAUCGUUCAAAUCAAGGCUUUUUGGAUCAAGUACCUCCAUUUGCUUCAUUUUUGGGAAGAAGGGAACUCUCACCUUCAGGAAUGUACUCUAAUUUGGGCCCAUCAGUGCGCAAGUUUGAUGCCUUUGAUGGUCCGAUUCCACGCGGUGUUUUUCAUCCCCAUGAUGAUAAUUCUCUUUUUAUGCACAGUAUUCACAGGCAAGGCAUCCCCCAUCACAUGUCUGAGAGAAAAGCAUGGGGUCCUCAGGGACUUGUUGAAGGUGGUGCCCGAGUAGGCUUUCAUGACUUUCCAGGACUCUCACAGAGAAGGGUUCCCAGUUUUGGAGGGGGCUUUCAUCCAGCUAUAAUUACAAACACCACCUUUGAAGUUGCUGUUCCUUGUUCUCUUAUUCCGGUGAUCUGUGGAGAAGAUGGUGCAUGUUUGAAACAAAUUCGCGAGAUAUCUGAUGCCAAGAUUACCAUAACGGAUCCAAAGCCUGGAUCAACAGAGACUCUGAUUAUAAUAUCUGGGACACCUGAACAGACCCAUGCAGCACAGAGUCUUAUUCAAGCGUUUGUAACGAGUGAGACGGGAUCCAGUUGAACCUUCUCUUUGGUUUAUACAAAGAAUAAAGUAGCCACUGCUAAAUGUGGUAACUAAGCCAAAGCUCGCAAAGAUUUAUACAUGCCAGAAAUUUACUUUGGCAGUUUGUGAGUCAGUGAGUAUGGUGAAAUCUAUAUGGCUUUACGGAAGGACAUGUACUUAACAUUGCAAAGUUGUUGGUUGCUUCAUGGAUGUGGUGGCUGUCUAAUCUAGCAAGAGUAGUUAUAUAAAUGAUCAUAGUGUAUUUUACCCUCCAGAAACUUGAUUACAAUUGAAGUGCCAGCUUUAUCACUCCUUUAAUUUUCCGGAGCAAAAUCCGGAUCACUUUAUGCUCUAAGCCUGGUAUUAUUGAUUUUGUAAAUUCA